AAAUUAUAAGAAAAGGUGAACGAUUUGAUGAAUGGACAUGAGUUGAAAAUUGGAUAUGAUGUUGAAAACAUAUACGGCCAUUAUGGCCGUUCUAUUAUUACAUUUUAUUGGAAUAUCGAAAGCCAUAAUCUCUUCAGGUGGCAAGCCAUUUCCAGGGCUUGAAAAUCUGCCCAAGUCCUUUUGGCAUGAGUUGAGCUCUCCUUUCACCGAGGUUUACGAAGAGGAGAGUUUUGCCACUGAAACUGGAGCGACUCCUGAGCCGAGACCCUUCUUCGAAGAUCCUGACAGUAAUAUAACAGUGCAGCUUGGCGCUCAAGUUUAUCUGCAUUGUCGAGUGCAAAAUCUUCAAACACGAACGGUCUCGUGGGUGCGUAGACGCGGCGAUGAGCUUCACCUGCUUACCUUUGGACAGCAGACGUACUCCAGCGACUCCCGGUUCUCCCUCGAUUCUGAGAUGCCGAACAAUUGGCGUCUACGGCUGAGUUCCGCGACUGAGAGAGACACCGGCGUUUACGAAUGCCAAGUCAGCGCUCAUCCACCCCUAAUAAGGACCGUUCAUCUCUCCGUAUCUGUGCCGAAGGUCGAGAUAGUUGACGAGCAUGGCGCGACCGCCGGUGACAAGUUUUACAAAGCCGGCAGUACGAUAGAGCUCAAGUGUGUGGUCAGCAAAGUGCCCCAUCCCACGGGCUAUGUCACGUGGAUGCACGGCGCUCGAACUCUCAACUACGAUACAAUCCGAGGCGGAAUAAGUGUGAAAACCGAUAUGGGCGCCGAGGGGGCGGUAUCGCGUCUCUACAUCGCCAACGCCAAUAAAAAGGACAGCGGCAACUACAGUUGCGCAUUAGCGGAUGUUGCCGCCACAACUGUGUCCGUCCACGUUUUAAACGGUGAAAAUCCAGCGGCGAUGCAGCAUGGGGCGAGCGAAGCUCUCAGGUCGACUUUCCUAAUCACGGUACUCCUGACAUUGACCUCGAUCUUGAGGUGACCACGAGGACUCAACGAACAGCAUAUGAUGUUGGCACAGUAAAAUGAGCGCUGAAGAAGAAUUAGAAGCCUUGAGACACUAUUUUGGGCUUAUCAACACCUAGGAAGCCGAAAGCACAGAUAUUAAAAGUGUGGCUUUCUACAUUCCCGAACAGACGCAUGUUCGUGCUGUUAUUUAAUGAACGUACACAUACUCCAUUGUUUUUGGUUUCGGUUCUUUUUAUAGAUCGGCGAUAUUAAAAUAUAGAUUAUUAA